CCAACGCGCCAGCACCCAGCAGCAGCAGCGGCGGCGGCGAGAAAGCAACCAGAGCGUUCGCCAUUGUUCCGCUCCCUCUCUCCCCGAUAGUGCGAGGCAGAAGCGCAGCUGAUGGCUUCGCCGUCCCUCCUGACCGUGCACCUGCGCGGGUCUGCUUCGCCGCCCGACGCCGCCUCGUCGGUGGCGAUCGAGGUGGAGGGAGGCGACGGGGUGGACCUCGCCCAGGUGGGCCUCGCGCUGGGGCUGGAUCCGGCCACUGUCGGCCUCAACGGCUACUUCCUGAGCUGCGGGUCCGGCUACGUUUCCUUGGCGGUCACCUGGGGCGAGCUCCUCGCCUUCUUCGCCACGGGCGGGCAGCCCACGGGUGCCGACCCCGCCGAGCCCGUCGCCGUCGACGGAGGGCCCGUACCUUCGCCCCCAGAGCCCAGAGUUGUUCUGUCCUCAAAGCGAAAGCCCGGGUUGGAGACCGAAAAUUGUUCCAAGAAGAGCAAGCUCCAACACAACAGCUCCGCUCAGUCAAAAGCAGGCGAAGAGCUACUUGCCGAUGAGAUCACCUUUGGUUUGAAGAGAAGACUCACAUUGGACGAGGCUAGUCCAUCUAAGAAGAUUAAGCAAGUAGACUCCGUAGAAGCACAGCAGCCAGUUAAAUACUCUUGCAGCUUCGCCAGCAGUCACGACAAGCGGCCAUCGGAUGAGGAGAUGGUCAUCUCACUGUCGCGCAAGGGAGUCUGGUGAUGCCAGUGUGUUCUUGCAGAUUGAUAUUUUAGUGUUACUCGAAAGAACUCACGGCCGUGUAUAUGGUGAUGAACUGACAUGUCAAAGAGGCGCAGUGAUGUAGUGACUGAGAUUUGAUUGUCACCUUGUCGCAAGUCAUUGUUACUCGAAACAACUCCCGAGUAUGAUGAUAAACUGGCAUCGCUAAGAGGCCUAGUGAGAUUUAGUGAUUCCCCAUUACCAUCAUGUAGUUAGUUUGGUCCUGAGUCAUAGUUUCUGGUUUGUAGACACAGUGCUAGUUACAAUAGUUUCACGUUUGGAUACAGUGCUAGUUAGAACAGUUGUACAAUGGAGUAUUUCUUGUGUACAUCGCAGUAUUUGAUAUAAUGCCAGAAAACUUCCCGA